ACCGUAACAUGACAACACUGCAGUCACAAUUUAGAUAAAAAAGGAUUUUUCGUAUUUCAAUCGUGUUUUGUUUUGUUUUAAAACAUUAAAUGUAAAAUGAAAGGGUUUCAAUUAAAAUUCUCUACCAUUUAGCUCAUCGCAAGUGGACCAAGUACUCGGGGACCUUUGUUGAUAAAUUCUGAAAUACAGGUAAUUUAUACGCUUUUUGGUCAAAUUACAGCAUGUCUCAAUGAGGUUAUGCAUUUGCGGUACAUACAAUCGAUUUGAUUAGAAUUUAUAUAUGUGCCAUAAGCAUAUCGUUUACGUGCGCAAGUGUGUGUGUGUAUGUGUAUGAAUGUUUUUAGUUUGUAUGUUGUUAUUUUUCAAUAAAGUGGGAUCAAGAGCGUCCUUCAAAAAUAUAUUUUUUAUUAUUAUAUCUGCUUUUCUUCCGCUUUAAAUUAUCACGAUGAUUCGUAUGUGCGUUUUCAUUGAGUUAAACUAUGAUUAAGUAUUAACUGUGUUGAUGUUAUCUUUAGUAUUUUUAUUUGUGUUGAACAAAAUUUUAAAGAAAAAUGGCCGAGAUUAAAAACAAUAGCAGUCAACAACCAAUCGUCAAAAUAGGCCAUUAUAUACUCGGACAGACCCUCGGUGUUGGGACAUUUGGCAAGGUUAAAAUUGGUGAACAUCAGCUCACCAAACACAAGGUUGCAGUCAAAAUACUUAACAGACAAAAAAUCAAAAGUCUAGACGUAGUUGGAAAAAUUCGGCGAGAAAUUCAAAAUCUCAAACUCUUCCGUCAUCCUCAUAUAAUUAAAUUGUACCAAGUUAUUAGCACCCCUACAGAUAUAUUUAUGAUAAUGGAGUAUGUAUCUGGUGGAGAAUUAUUUGAUUACAUAGUAAAACAUGGUAAACUUAAAGAAUUUGAGGCUCGUCGAUUUUUUCAACAAAUUAUAUCUGGCGUUGACUAUUGUCACCGGCACAUGAUUGUGCAUAGAGAUUUAAAACCAGAAAACCUAUUAUUAGAUCAUAAUCUACAUGUGAAAAUUGCUGAUUUUGGUUUAUCUAACAUGAUGAUGGACGGCGAGUUUUUAAGGACAAGUUGUGGUUCACCUAACUACGCAGCUCCAGAAGUUAUUUCUGGAAAGUUGUAUGCUGGACCGGAGGUUGACAUUUGGUCAUGCGGUGUUAUUUUAUAUGCAUUAUUAUGCGGUUCUCUGCCUUUUGAUGAUGAACAUGUGCCAACUUUAUUUAGAAAAAUUAAAUCUGGUAUUUUUCCUAUACCGGAUUAUUUGAAUAAAUCAGUUGUCAGUUUAUUGUGUCAUAUGUUACAAGUUGAUCCGAUGAAAAGAGCUUCGAUCGAAGAUAUUAAAAAACACGAAUGGUUUCAAUUUGAACUACCCGCGUAUCUUUUCCCAUCUCCAGUUGACCGAGACUCAUCUGUUAUCGAUACAGACGCUGUUAAUGAAGUCUGUGAGAAAUUUAGUGUAAAAGAUUCUGAGGUUCAUAAUGCAUUAUUGAGUGGUGAUCCACAUGAUCAAUUAGGAAUCGCAUACCAUUUAAUUAUUGAUAACAAACGAAUUGCGGAUGAAGCGGCUAAAGCAGAACUCAAAGAUUUUUACAUCGCUAGUAGUCCACCUCCUACAAUUGGAAGUCCUGAUGUAUCAACUUUAAACACAAUUUCUAAACCACAUCCUGAAAGAAUUUUAUCUAUGAGAGAACGAGCUUUAUCUAUUGACCAAAGUGUCCGAGGAUCACCAAUGAAAAAAGCUAAAUGGCAUUUAGGCAUAAGAUCUCAAAGUAGACCUACAGACAUCAUGAAUGAAGUUUAUAGGGCAAUGAAAGCAUUGAAUUUCGAAUGGAAAGUCAUAAACCCUUAUCUUAUUCAAGUAAGACACAUGAAUAAAAAAACUGAUAAUUAUACUAUGAUCUCAUUGCAACUGUACCAAGUGGAUUACAAAAGUUAUUUGUUGGAUUUUAAAAGCUUAAAUGCUUUAACUCACGAUCAAGCAGAAAAUGCAAAUAGGGAUGGAAAUGUAACUACACUGGCUAUAGACACCUCUAAAGGUAUAGAUUUUGACAGUCAAUCACCAAGACAAGAUAUUGUAAAAUAUCAGCAAGACAUUGUACAACCUCCCAAAAAAUGUGAAGGUCAUUAUACAAUGGAGUUUUUUGAAAUGUGUGCUGCUUUGAUCACCCAACUUGCCCAUUAGUUAAUUAACAGAAAUUUGUUAUUGUUAUAAUUUUUCAAUAUCAUUAGUAGGUACCAUAUACCAAAUUAUUAAAGAAAUAUUAUGUCUGGUUUGUUAUUCAAUCAUUUUCUUUAUUUAUUAUGGCAGUAUCUAUAUCUAAUAUUAAAAUAUCACAAUGUCAAAAUUUUAUUUUAUGAUUUCUUAAAUUCAGUUUUCAAUUGUUAUAUAUACGAUAUAAUAUUAACCAUUAUACCAUUAUUCAUUAAACAUGAAUUACUUUUUAAUUUAAACCAACAAUUUUUUUUUUGUUUUUUGUUUUAUUUUCAAAACUGCUUAAAUUUGUCCAUAUUGAAUAAAAAUUACUAUAUUUUUUUCAGAUAUUGUUAAUAUUUAAUACCCAACAAUGAAUUAGAAUAACCAUUUAAAUAUUGUUUAUAUUAUUUUUGUACCUACAAUAUACUAUUAGUGCUUUGAUCUAUUUCGUUUUCAUUAUUCAAUUUAUUUUAGUUUUUGAACAAAUAUAUUAUCGAUUAUAUUAUAUACGAUACCAAUAUGUAAUUUUUACUAUUAAAUUAAAAUAAGUUUUAUUUGAUUAUACAAAUAGGUACACUUUAUGUUAUGAAUAUUAAAUUGUAUAUAUUAUAUUUUACUGUGUUACUGGAUUAAUAUAGUACUGUUUUAUUUGUUAACAGUAUUUAUUUCAUUUAAAAUAAAUAUAUUUAUAUAUUAGUAUAUAUAUAUAUAUAUAUAUAUUAUUUUGUAAAAUAUGAUUAUUCUUAUAACUAAUAAUUACUCAUGCAUGACUUAAUUAACUAUUUAAUUAUUUUAAUUUUGAUUAAAUUUUAUAUGAAAGAAAAUAUUUGAGUAUAUACUAGAUGAAUAUUUUAAUCACUAUUUUGUAAAAUCAUCAAAAUUAUAUAUUUUUAAUACAAUUUUACUAUAUUAUACUUAAUGUUUUGAAGUUUUUAUAUAAGUUAAUAAAUAUGUAUCAACUAUUAAAUAUAAUGCCAUUUCUUUCAUAAAUAAAUUACCCCUUAAUAGUUAAGAUGAAGUCAAAGGAAAAGAAGAAGAAUAAAUAAUCUUUUUCAUAAAUCUCUUUCAUAAAUAAUAAUAAUAAUUAUGGGUAAUUUUAUAAAAAUUAAUUUCCACUGCUUUGAAUCUAAAUGAUUUAAGUUUGUCAAAAAAUUGUUUUAUUUAUCAUUUCUCUUUAUUUUACACCUACAUAUUUAUCUGCAGACUACUUAAUAAAUGAUUUAAUCAUUCUUACAGAAUUUUCGAAAAACGAUUAAUGGAUAGCAACAAUAAUGGGAGGAAAGAUAGAAGAAUAGAUGUUGACUAAUAACUUAAUUUAUAAAACAGUUAAGUUGUUAUUAAGAAAGAACUAAAAGUAGCUCUGGCAGUGGUAUAUCAAAAUCACUGCACUAAUCUAAGAAAAAAACAAAUUUAUUAUAUUAUUUAAACUUUUGAUCACAAUUAUUUUAGUUGGGCUCAUGCAAAUUGCAUUGAAAUUUUUCUUUGAGCACCUAUAACUAGUAUUUAUAUACCUACCCUAAAAUUAUGUACUUGUUCCACAUCAGAAAAUUUUUGUUUUAUUGUCACAAAUUUAAUGUCAUAAUAUAAACAUUAGGUUUAUUUUUUGACUGUAUUUAUUUAAGACUAGCAAUUAUAAUUCUAUUGAAAAGAUUAUAUUUCAAAAAUAUUUUUAUCAAAUCAUUUAUUAUUAUGGUUUUAGUUUUAUAGUUAUUAACUGAGAUGAUUUCACCUACAGCAUUACAUAAAUCAAUUUUUAUCAAUAAUUUGUCAACAUAGUAAAUCAUAAAUAUUUGACAUUUGGUUGCUCAACAAUAUAUUUUAUUAUCAAACAACCAUUUUAUCUGUGGGGCAUCAUUUGAAUGAACGAAAUAACAAAUUUGUUAUGGCUAAUAUAUUAAAAUUAAUAUUACAAUUUUGCAAUAAUAUAGUAUUAUUUAAUUUUUAUUAAUACUUAAUGUGUGGUAAAUAAUAAUAAUUAUCUCUAAUUUGUGUGAAUUUGAAUUUUUAGGAUGCCUACUGUGGAUAUGCCUGAAAUCCGUGUAAAAACGGCUUUCAAUGGGUAAGUUAAUAUUACAAAUAAAUUUUAAUCUUAAAUAAUUAUUAACACUUUAAAUAUUUGUAUUUUUAUAGAGAAGUUAUGAUUACAUAUAUAGAUCCAAAAAUAACAGUUGACGAACUACGUUAUCAGAUGAGAGUAUUUUGUAGAUUUUCGUCAAAUCAAGAUUUCACGAUGAAAUGGGUUGAUGAAGAAGGUAUAAUUAUUAUAAUACAUUUUAUACUAUUAACAUUCUUAAUAUCUAUACAAUGGUAAAAAAAACUGAAAAUAGGUACUUUUGUUAAAUUAAGUUAAUACAUUGAGCCUUAAAAUGUAUGCUGGUAUAAUUGAUAAUCAUAAAUAUAAGUCAAAAUGGGCAUUACAACAGUUAAUUAUGACCAAAAAUGUCAAACAAAGUUUAUGGUAACAAUAAUGUAGGUAGUAGGUUCUCAAAAAUCUAGCAAGUCUUCUAUAUACUAAUUUAUACCUACACACAUAAAAUUCAAAAUAUCUAUUAAAAUAUAAUUUUUAAAGAUAUUAGUAAAUAUUAAGCAUAUUACAAUAAUUAUUUUUCAAUAUGCAAUAAUAAAGUAAAACAAAAUUAUUAAAAUGGUUAAUACUCGUAAAUACAAAAAUGUAUAAAUAAAAUUAAUAAAUGUGUUGCCUGAAGUAUUAUGAUAAGUGUAUUAUACCACCGGUUUUAAAUUAAAAAUUCAUCAUCAGGUAUACCACAGUCAAAAUUUAAAACACGACUGAAUAUAAAAAAUUAAAUGAAGGAAUACAUAAAAAAAUAAAAGUUAUACAAAUUGGUCAUUUACAUAGAAAUAAUUUAUUUUAAUAGAAGACAUUAUUUAAAAUGAAUUAUUAUUAGAUAUGGAUAUGUUAAGAAAUAUAAAUCAUUUGGUUAUUAUUUACUAUCUAAAAUGUAUUAAUAUAAGAUAUUAUUUUUAAAAUCGGUUUGUACAUUUAAAAUAUUAUUGAAAUGAUUUUUCUUUAUUACAUUGUAUACGUAUAAUUCUUCUAAAACUGAAUUAAUGUAAAUGUUAUUUUAGGUAUUUAAUAUCUCUAAGUGUAUUAAUAUCAAAGCUUAUAUUGUGGUUAGUUUCUAAAACAUGUUUAGCAAAAUUUGAAUUAGGGGCAGCUUUUUUAAAUUUUAUUUCAAAAGUGUGUUCUUUAUAUUUUAUUUUAAAAUUUCUAUUUGUUUUACCUAUAUACAAUUUAUUACAGUUAAAUUUAAGUUUGUGUAAUACUAGCAUUUUCAAUAGAAUGAGGAUUUUUUGUGAAGUUUUUAGUUCUACUGUUUAUAUGUUUGAUUAAAUUAUUAUUAGCCUUCAAAACAAUUUUUACAUUAUCUAUAUUAUUGUUCAGAAUUUUAUUGAAUUCGUUAGACAUAUUAUUUUGAUAUUUCAUACCACAAUAGUUAACAACUUUAUUUGAUGAGUUGUGUAUUACUUUUUCUUUAAUACAUUUAUGAAUUUUUUGAAUAGUAUUUAAAUUGAAAUUAUUUCUUUAGGAUAUAUUAUAGAUAAUAUUGAGCUCGGGUUUAUAACUAUGUUUAUUUAAUAGAAUACGUUCAAGCCUAUAGAAUAUUGAAUUUAAAAAUUAUGUUUUUUGAGAAUAAGGGUGAUUAGAAUCAUAUGGUAUUAUAGCAUCAGUUUGUGUAGGUUUCCUGAAGUACUAAAAUCAAAUUUAUCAAACAGGGAUUCAAAUUUUGCUAAACAUGUUUUAGAAAAUAACCAUAAUAUAAGUUUUGAUAUUAAUACAGACUUGAAAAUAUUAAAUAACCAAAAUAUAAUUUAUAUUUAUUCAGUUUUAGAAUAAUAACUAUUGUUAUUACUUAUGUAAUUAUUAUUAGAAUAAUUACACAUACAAAAUGAAAUAAAGAAAAAUAAUUUUAAUGAUAUUUUAAAUAUUCAAACCGAUUUUAAAAAUAAUAUAUCAAUACAUUUUAGAUAAUAAAUAAUAAUCAAAUGAUUUAUAUUGCUUAACAUAUCUAUGUAAAACGACCAAGUUGUAUAAUUUUUUUUUUAUGUAUUCCUUCAAUUAAUUAUUUUAUAUUCAUUCGCGUUUUAAAUUUCGACUGUGGCAUACCUGACACAUUUAUUAAUUUUAUUUAUUUUUACUUUUAUAUAUACAUUUUUUUAUUUAUAUAUUUAUUUACUUUGAUUAUUAUAUACCUACUUAUCUUUGUAUUUUAAUACCUAUGCAUGAAAUGCAUUUAUUCAUUUUAUUUAUUUUUAUUUUUAUGUGUAUAUACAUUUUUUUAUUUAUAUAUUUUUUUAUUAAAAUUAUUUUUUAAAUAGAAAAUAACAUACAGGCGUAUAAAACAUAUUGUAAUAUUACAAAAUAAAAUAAUAUUAGUUUAUUUUAUUUUGGACUAAUUAUAAAUCAAAAUAAUAUGAAAUACAAAAUAUGGUGUAUGUAGAUUUUGUUCAUUAAAAACAAAAAAAUGCAUGCUAUUAUAAAAUAGUUGUUAUUUACUAUCUAAAAAAUAUCUUUAGGAAAAUUAAUCACAUUUUUGUACUAUUUGCAUUUUAAACUUGUUAAUGUGCAUUUAAAAUAAAUUGUACACGUUUAAUUAAUGACCAAAUAUUAAAAAUAUCUUCAAUUUACUUAAUAAUAUCUAUAAUAUAAAAUUAACAACUAGUUGAUUUUAACUUAUGUAUUGCAUGGUAAUAUAAUCAUGUCCCAUAUUAUUAUUAUUAUACCAUUUUAAUAUAAGCCGGUUUUAUAAUAUUUCAUAAAUUAUUUAUUAGUGCAAACUGUCGAAAACCAUCAAUUUAGUUGUUAAACCAACAAACAAUCUUAACAAAAACUUAAUGGUAUAUUUUAAUAACAGCCUUUAAUGUGCUAAUAGCUAUGUUUGUUUUAAAAAAAUAUGUUGACAUAGAAUACACUACUCACAUCCAAACCAACAAAUGUGUAGGUGUCGAAUCUACAUAAUAAUGUAAAAAUGUGUACAUUUUUUAUUAAAAUAAAUAAAGCUUCCAUUUCUUUUAGAUUCUGAGUGGAGCAAUGAAUGUAUUGGUUCUACAAUAAUGUUUAUUUUUCUUUUUUCUUUCUAUGAAUGACUUUAAAACCAGAAAUUUUGCUCUGAAUUUCAAGUGUAGCCUUUUUUCUGAUAAGAAAUCUGGCUGAGAUGAUACCUCAUACCUGAGAUGAUUUUUUAUUUUCCCAGGAAUUUUCAUUAUAAAUGGGAAAAAACUGAAACAUUUUCAAAAUGUAUUAUUUUAAAAUCGUUAAUAUUACGACCUUUUAAAAGAUCCAUAACCGAACUUUACUCAGAAUCGUUUAUCGUUAGCAAUGAUUAAUUGUUGUAUACAGAUAUACAUUAAAUUUCUCCAUUACCUUCUCAACUUUUCACCUAAAACAGUGACCCACCCAUUGUGCGAAGUAUGUGAUAUUUUUUAAUUUAGAAACCUUUUAUUUUUUGUAUUCUGGUACUUUAAUAUAAUUGUUCUGGUUUUUUAUCUCUAAAUUAUGUAUUUUAUAAUAUACUAAUACAUAUAUAAUGUAUUCAUCAGUAAUUGGAUUUAAUAUCAAGAGUUAAUCAAUUUGAUUUGAUAACUAUACUCAUUACCAUCUUCAUGAUUAUCCUCUUUGUUUAUUUGUUAUUAAUACAGUUGCAGUAUAUCAAGAAAAUUGUCGCAUGUUUAUUAAUUAAAAUGUAUGGCUAUAUUUCAUAAUUUUGAUUUAUUGGGAUCCUUGAUGUGGGGUUUAAUCAAAUCUUGAUCAUUGCAAUCAAUAGUUUAUGAUAACUUCCUGUUGUAAUUUGAUGUUCUAAAAUAUACUUUAAAAAUAUAUUAGAACAAAUGUUUAUCUUUAAUAAUAGUAAUGCAUAGGAAACUAAUUAUUUUAAAUUACCAAUUGAUUGUUCUUAAAAUAAUAGUAUUUCCUGUAAAAAUGUUUUUACAUAAUUUGAUUCUAACUUUGUUUUUUCUUUUAGUUUAGAACAUACACUGAUUAAUAUGUUCUUAACACAUGUUGAAUUCUAUAAAAAUUAACAGUAGACUCUCAAUUAUCUGUUUCCCAAUUAACCAUCACUAUUUGCGCGUUACAGUAAAAUCUUAUUACCUUAUGUGAGAGCUGGUUUAUCCUAAACUUUCUGGCAAUAUAAAUUAGAUAACCAAUGUAUAAAUUCUAUGGGUGAGAUAAAAACAGCCUAUUGUGAUUAUAAAUGUAUCUUUUUCAAUAAGUAAUAGUUAUUAUAUUAAUAUAUAUGUUAUAAUUAUUUAAAAAAUAAUAAAUAAUGUGCAUGUAUUUUUAAAAAUUUAACCAUCAUUUAACUGUCUUUUCAAUUAUUCAUCAAGACUCUUGUCUUGAGACUGAUAGUUAAUCAAGGUUCUACUUUACUAUAAUUUAUCAUGAAAUUUGUUAAAUGAAAUAUAAAUUUCCUUAUAAAGUUAAUUAUAAUAAUUUUAUUUUACCUAUAUCAUAUUGGUAAGCGUUCAUUUUAUUUAUAAUCUCUGUUUUACUAUAUUUGGUCAUUGCCUUUUGGUUAAAUGAAAUAAUUGGCUUAAAAAUUGAUUUUAGUUACACAAAUAUAAUACUUUAUUUAAUAUUAUAAUGUCAGUGUAAUAUUUAUUAUUUUUAAGAAAUUUUAUUAGUAAUAAAUUUAGUUAAUAAUUUGGUGGAUGGUAAAACCAGAGAUAUCCAUAAUAUAAUAUAAUGCCUAGUUUAUGAAAAAGCCAUAACUUUUACAUGUACAAUAUAAAUUUUGUUUUUUGUAAUAUUCAUUUCUUAUUAAAGUCAGCUAGUAAAACAAAUUAUUUGUGUGAUUACCUGGCUUAUGUAUAUUGAAAAUAGUUAAUAACAUGAUGGAAAUAUUUUUAAAAAAUUACUUGUAGUUUUUAAUUUAAAUAAUAAUUAUUCUACUUACAAGUGAGAACUAGCAAUUUAUUAUAAAAAAAAAGAAAGAUUCAAAGUUCAGAUUUUGGACUUUUUAUUAUAAUUACUAAACAUUACCUACACUUCUUAAAACAAAUAUGUGUUAUAUUUUGUAAAUAGGAAAUCUCAACUCUUAAUGGAAUUUUUUAAAUGAAUUUGUUUUAACCUGGGAUAGAUGUUUCAUUCAAAUGAAUUUUAAGAAAUAUUCUUCCAAAGCAGCAGAUUGUUCAUUUUUCUUAGCAUCUAGCCCAUGAAUCUUGUAAUGUUAACUACCUAGAUGUGACAUGUUUUAUAUACUUUUAGUAGGAACAUUUGAUUUAGCUGGAUUGCAUAUAUAAUUUUUUAUUCUACUUAGAAAUCCAUAGAAAAUUUGAAUACAGAGAUCAGAUGGUUCUUCUUAGUUUUCUAAGCACUUUAGAACAUAUUAUGGACAUGUUUAUUUCAAGUACUAGUAUCAAACAAAUUAUGCUUGGUGGUGAGGCUUGAAAAUUCUUUAUUAAAUAUUCGGUUUACUGUUUUAUUAACAUUAGGAUCAUCACUGCCAAUAUAAUUUUUAAUUAUAUAUUAAAGGCAUAUUAUCAUUAAUUAAUUAUUUUAAAAUAUAUUCAGAAAAUAUUUCUCUUGUUGCAAUAAUAAUCAUGAUUUUAUUAUCUAUAAUCAUGAUAAUAAUAAUAAUAUUAUUAUAUGUAAAAAACAGCAACAUUAUCUAUAUAAUAUAAUAUAUAUAUAUUUAGAGUGUAAUACAAUGCAUAUAAAACGUUUUACAAGUAUAUAUUACAUGUAUAAUAUACUAUACAUAAUAAAACAUUUUGAAUGACUAAAUUGUAUAAAACUGUAUAACAGACAUAUAUAUCUACAUAUUAAGUACAAAAUUGAUUUUAACUAAUAUCCAUCAAUUUUGUUUGUACAUUUUCAUGUAAUAUAUUAUGUAAUGUUAUUUUAAAUUCAGUUUUUAUAUUAAACUGUUAACAAAUAUUUUAGUUUAAUUAUAGAAAAAAUCUAAAUAAAAAAUAGUAAAUAAAUAAAAACACUUCAUUGUAAAAACAGUAUCUUCUUAACUACACAUUAAAGCUAAUCCAUUACUCAAAUAAUUUAUAUUAAAUUAAAUUAAUAGAAAAAAUAUAAACAUUUUUAUAUAGUAUAAAACAAAAGUUUUGUUUAAUGUCUAUGUUUUAUAUGUACAAAUUAUACGUGUUUUAUACUUUAAUCCAGCUUAUACUCACACACACAAAUGUAGAUUUUAAUAAAAUGAAUUCAAAUUUUUGCUGAAACAAUGGACUUAAAAUGACUUACAAACAAUUUAGUCCUAGUUGAAAAGUGACUUAAGUGGUAGCCCUGUCAGGUUAUUAUUUUAAACUUAUAUUAACUGAUAGUUUUAAUCAUUAUUACCUAAUUUCAAGAUGAAAAUUAAUAUUUCUAAAUAUUUAAAAAAUAUAUUAAUCCGUUUAAGUGACUACAGAUAUGUACAUAUCCAUGAUAAAAGUUUUUCUUCCAAUUGUUACCUUUUAUUUAUCUGAUUUAAAUUUUGAAUAUUCAACUCAAAAAUACAAAGAACUACAAGACGACACAUUUUAAGACAAAAAUAAAAAUUGUAAGUUAAGCUUACGAAAAAUGCAAUUUUAAAAAAUAUAGAGAUACAAAAAAAAAAACAUGAUCAGCUUUAACAUUAUGUUUCACUAACGAAAAAAAAAAUAUUUGAUUCAAAUUGUUUUAAUAUUGAUUUUAAUUACUACCUUAUAAUAAUAUUAUUAGUGAGUCAUUUGUCUUAUAAUUUUUUAAUUAGUUGAGUGUUUUCGUCAAACAUUUGUGUGAUAAAACUAUUAAUGUACAGAAGAAAUUAGAUAAAUGUUACUUUAAAGGUGUAUAUGUAUUAUUAUAAUAUAUUAUAUUUUUUUAAAUUUAUAAAUUAUAUUGUAGGUAGGUAUAUUAUAUUGUUUAAAUUAUGUAUUAUAAUGUGUACGAAAUUAAUUUGUUAUUUUAACCAUGUACCUAAUUUUUUUUACACUGUUUUUCUCGUUAAUUUAGGCGAUCCGUGUAUAUUGUCCACGCAAAUGGAGUUGGACGAAGCCAUACGAUUGUACGAGCUCAACAAAGAUUCGGAAUUAACGAUACAUGGUAAGUUACCUACCUAUUAUUAAAUGUGAAAUGUCUACCAAUAAUAUUAUAAUAAUAUAGGUUUAUUAUACAUUUAGUUUGCUAAUAUUAUUAUUAUAGCUAAGGUAAUAUUAAAAGUAAUAUUUUAAAAUUAAAAUAAAUUCACUUUAUAUAAUAAAAAAUUGCAAUAUUUUGAUAUUGUGCAAUGUGCGUGUUAAUGGUACUCAAAUUGUUAUUAUUGUAAAGUUUCCUUCCCAUUAUUAUUGCUGUCAAUCAAACACGUGCACAGUGCAAACCGUGUUGUGUGUAACCUUAUUCCGUAUUCGUAUACUUACCGUUUCCACAUUACCUCUCGAUUUUGAACUGGCUAGAGGGGAAGGGAGGAUUGUGGGCCGGAAGCGGGCAGAGUGCCGUGGGUCGGUGGGGAGGGUCGUAACAGCGGAUUCGGCGCCCUAGUGUUUUGAUUUUAGGGUGGAACCCGUACGGCCAGUAAGUGCUGCUUGCGUAGCCAAAAAGCUCAAUAUAAAUCGCGUUGUCUUGAUGCCGCCGAUCAAAUAAUAAUUUGUAUACCUACGUUUUUAUUAUUAUUAAUUUAGUGUACUUAAUUAAUUAUUUUAAAGUUCUCUGAUAGUAUUAUUUUGUGUUACUCUGUGUUGUUUUUUUUUUUACAAUAUAAUAUCUAGGAUUUUAUCGAUUUCUCAAUAUUGUUGAACCUAUCUCUACGUAUAUAAUAUCGUUUCGUGACAGUGCUGUUCCUAUUAUUUCGUAGUAACUAUAAUUAUAACGUAAAAUAAAACGAAGAAAUAAAUGUAACUAACGUUUUUCCAUAAUCUUUUCGUGUUUUAAGUUAGUUAAUACAUACAUGUAAUAUAAUAUUCUAGUUUACAUAUUAUAUAUUUGUUCUUUUAAUACAUUUUUAAUAUUUAUAAAAUAUGUUUACUUAAAUGUUUCCGUUUUGUCAAAACUUGUGAAUUCUAGAGGUUUAUUUUUAAUCAAAAUAUAGAUUUCCAUGUGAAGAAUACAGUUUUAUCAGCAAUAGAUUGGACAUUGAUUAAUGGUCUAUUUCAUAUUAUGACUGUGUUCUAGUUUCUUCUUUAUCUCGAAUUAAUGAUAAGCAAUAAUAAUAUAUUUUGCGAAUUAAAAAUAAAUAAUAUUGUACUAGAAUUAUAAAUAGGUAUCUACCGAUUUUAUUUUUACUUCAAUUACCUAUUUAUCAGUUAUAUAAUAGGACCAUAUUUUAGAUGUUAUAAAUUGUAAUAAUAAUAUGUUCUUAUAAUAUUUUAUUAGUUUUUUUUUUGUUUGUAAUUUUAUUACAUUUGUAUUUUUUCAAAAAUUACUAUCGAUUCUUAAGUAUUUAAUUUUAACACUUAGAAAACAAAUUAAAAACAAUUUCGGUCAAUAAUGGCUUGGGGUUACUGGAGUGCCUCAACGGUUUCCGACCGAGGCAAGUCACCAAAACGUCAAUCAUCGUCUCUUGCUUUUUACAAUCAUCAUAUACCAACUUCAACUCCGGCUCCACCGUCUACAUCGUAUUACCAACAUCAGCCUUUGCACAGCACUAACAGUUUUGGUUCCAUAGAAGACGAAGAUUAUCAUCAUAGUUCUACGUUUUACCGUCGCCCAUCACUGGGAGAUAUAGAAUUCACUGGGCCAGGAUCGUUGUCACUGUUGUUAAAUCAAACUAUUCCUCCUUCUCGUCCCAGAACUCCGCCGGCAAGACAUAUGUACGCACCACCCACUUCGUUGAGUUUGCCAGACUCGUGUGGAUCAACAAUGGCUAUGCGACAAAGUAUGAAUUGCUUUGGUUACCAAUCUACACCUAUUGUACAACAUUACCCUUGCAGUGUUCACGACCCCUCACCAUCUUCUUCUAUAUCCGAUGACGAAGACCAUGUUUAUGCUACAGGUAAAAAAUUCAGCCGUAAUGAUCAAAAAAAAAAAAAAAAUAAAAAAUAUAAUUAUUGUAUUUGAACAUACAUGAAUAAUAUGUAUUGCGCUAUGAGUUUAUGUUUCUGUAAUUGUAUUGUAGAAGUAGUGAUAUUAUAGAUACCUACAUAUGUUGUUAUUAGACAGAAAUGAAUGAAUUUAAUUUUUAUAUUUGUUAAAUCUUUAAAAUUUUAAAGAUUUGAUUUUUUGUUUGAAAAUAUUUUUUAACUUUAUAAAAUUUUAAAAACUUUAAUUUUAAUUACCUAAUAUUGGAUUUGGGUUUUUUAACAUAAUUAUUAAGGUUUGAGUUCCAUUAAGCACAAAUUAAUUUAAUUAGAUAUGUAUUUGUUUAUAUUGCAUGCUAAUAAUAAAAUUACUAUUUGACAUUUACAAUAGUACUUACUUGAUUUAGUUUUAUACAUAUUAUAGAUAAUCAAUAUACAGAUUGCUCAGUAUAUAUUACUACAUUAUUUUGUAAGAUUAUGAAUUAUUAUAGAAUUUUAAUUUUUAACAACUAUUAUCAAAAUCUGGAAUAUUUGUAAAUGAGUGCCUGAAAGGUCAUCUAUGUUAAUUAAUGUUGUUCAAUUAAAAUUUACUUAUAAACAUAAUUAUUGAUGUCAUUAUACAAAAUUUAUUGCAUGUUACAAAAAUUGAUUUUGGAAGCCUUGCAUAUUCUAAAUAAAGCUCUAAUUGUGUUGUUAAUGUGUGAGAUAUUAGAUUACUUAGUUUAUUUAAUUUUUAUAUUUACUAAAUAUAAUUAAACAAAACUAAAAUAAAUAGUUUUAAUAAUUUUUUACAUUUUCUUUAGUUUUUCCUAAUGUACCACCAGCACCAGGAAUGCCUUGUCAAGGAGAAGAUCGUAAGUCCUGAACGUAGAUAAUCACAGAUGAUCUUAUAUAAUUUUAUCAUAUUAGUAAAUAAUUAAAUUUAUAAUUUUAGGUAGUAUAUAUAGACGUGGAGCAAGAAGAUGGAGAAAACUAUACAGAGUAAAUGGACAUAUUUUUCAAGCUAAACGAUUUAACAAGGUAUGUAAAUAAUAAUCUCAUUCUUUGAUAUUAUUGAUUUUCCAUUUUAAAACUUAUUCAAAUGUAUACAGAGUGAUUAUUUUAUCUGGGGAUUUUAAAUGAAUUUAAUUUCUGUUUUUUUAAUCAUUAUACAAUUUCUUAAGAUUUAUGUUAACACUACUUUAUCAUUUGUAACUUAAAUGAGUAUAUAUAUAUAGGAUUUUCAAAUAGCAACCGGUUAAACAAAGAUUUGAGAUUAUUUUUUCAAUAAUUUUGAUACACAUAACUAAUAUUGGAUACACUAUUUGUGAAUUAUGACAGUUAAAAUUUGGACUGAAGAAGUAGGAUAGAUUAAUAAAUACCAUGCCCAUUUUUAAAUGAUAUUUGUUGGUUUAUUUGUUUAUGGUUGAAAAAAGUAAUAAAUCAUCUUCACAUAAAAUUCUCCAAGAAAAUCACUGGAUCAUAAAAUAAUCAUUCUGUAUAAUACAAAUAGAUACACAUUGUAUCAUAAAUGUAAUAUUAUAUGAUAUGAAACAAUUUAGUCUUUUAAAAUAAUAAAAAUUUUGUUUUGAUUGGACAACAGUCAAUUAGUUUUUAUAUGUAUUUGUGAUGCACGAUUUGUUGAUGUUUAAUUAUACAUAAAAUAAUUACUAAAUUAGUUGUAAUAAUUAAUUAAUUAUCAAUCACUACAUAUGCAUUUCUUAAUAAAUAAGAUAAGAUUGAAUGUUGUGCUCUACUUUGAAAUUUAAUCAUUCUAUGAAUUUAAUACAAAUAUAAAACAUGGGCAUAUUUUGUAGCUUUUCUACUGAAAAUCAAGUACUUAAUAAUAAUUUUGUAUGUUAUUAGUUGACACAUUUAAUUUAGUAGUGUAUAUCUCUUAAACAAUUUUCAUAUUACUAUUUAUUAUUUUUAUUUAUUAUUUAUCUUUUUAUAACUAGGGAGCAUAUUGUGCAUAUUGUAAAGAUCGAAUUUGGGGAUUGGGACGACAAGGAUUCCGAUGUGUUCAAUGCAAAUUGUUAAUCCAUAAGAAAUGUCAUAAGCUUGGUAAAAAAACUUGUACUAAUGAUCCUAUAGUCAGUGAUGAUACUAAUGGUGACUCACAGACAAAUUCAAGUAAUUAAAUAAUUAAAUUUUAUUAAAAAUAAUAUUAUAUUAUAAACAAAAUAUUUGAAUUUAGGUACACCUAGUUCUGAUACUGCUUUGCCUGAUUUAAAAGAUUAUCCUGAACAGAAUUCUGGUAAUGAUCAAUCUGCUGAUUCUGUACCUAUUGAUGACCCUCAAGUUAAAGGUAUUGUUUAAAUAUAUAAUUAUUAUUUUAUACAAUAUUAACUAUUUUUUUUAUAUAUUAUAUAAGAUGAUGAAGUUGGAGUUUCACGUCAGUAUUCAAUUGCUGAUUUUGAAUUAAUUAGAGUUAUCGGCCGUGGAAGUUAUGCUAAGGUGUUAAUGGUUGAACUUAAAAAAACAAAAUGUAUUUAUGCUAUGAAAGUUAUCAAAAAAGCAUUAGUUACAGAUGAUGAAGUAAGUAUUCAACAUGAUAUAAUAUUAAAAUUAUGAUAUCUAUGUAGCUCUACUGAGAAUUAUUUAGCAAGCUCAUAAUAUCUUAGCUAUUAUUACACAAAUUUUUAAAUUUUUAAAAAUGUGUAGAUUAGAUUGUAAAUACAAUUAGAAAUACUAACAAAUUACUAUAAUAGUGAUAUUAUAUAAAUGAUAAAUAUUAAAUAAUAGUGAAUAUAAAAAUAAAAAUAAUACUAAAUAAACACUACUUAAAAAAAAAAAACUAGCGAUGAUUGUAGAAAACUCUAAAUUUAAUUUAGAAAUGUAGCUAUAGCGUUAGCGAAUUAUUACAUUGAAAGUAGUGAUUUCCUACUACUUAAUAUACAUCAUCAAUUCUGUCCAUUCAAUUCUUCUAGUUCCAUUUUUUAUUAUAGACACUGAGCACUUGAAAACUCGCUUGAACAAAUAUGUCGUUGAAAAUACAUGAAAUAGUGUAAGGCAAUAUUGAAUAAUAAUUGUGUAUAAUUUGAUAUUGGGCAUAUAACAUCUUCAAUAAAUGUAUAUAAUAUUUUGAUGAAAUCAUUUUUUCUUUGGUAAAAAAUUAAAUUAAAUAGGAGCACAAAUUGUUGGUUCUGUGGAUCAUCAAUAACUGGCUUUUGGAUUGUUGGUAGAGAAUCACUGCACUGUAGUGGUUCGGUUCUAUAUGAUACCUAAUAAGACAAAUUUUUAAAUUUGUAGGAUGAAAAAAUGUUGAUAUUUAAAUAAUUUCUUUUGUUGAGAAUAUAUACAUGCACAUUAUACCAAAUAUUUACAAAUUAAAUUUGUAGAGUUGAGUCAUUUUGUAUUUUAUAAUUAUAUAUCUUAUUAUUUACAAUUCACCUGUUUUUAAUUUUAAAAUAUAACAUUUAUUAACUUAAUAAAAAAAUAUUUAAUCAACCUAACCUUCUUAGCAAACAAUAUUAUUAGUACUUAGUAUUUAUUAAGUAUACAAUUAAUUAAAAUAAAUCAUUGGUGACAUGAUUAUUUUCUUAUUAUUUAUUUAACAUUAGGAAAACUGAUUAUUUAUUAUUUUAUGCUAUAUAAUAUUAAUAUCCAAAUUAGAUCAUUAUAAUUUAAAAAAGCAAAAUGAAUAAUAUAAUAUUUUUAUUUCAAAUUUUAGGAUAUUGAUUGGGUACAAACAGAAAAACACGUUUUUGAAACCGCCUCUAAUCAUCCAUUUUUGGUUGGGCUUCACUCUUGUUUCCAAACAGCCAGCCGGUUAUUCUUUGUAAUUGAAUUUGUACGUGGUGGCGAUUUAAUGUUUCAUAUGCAAAGGCAAAGACGAUUGCCCGAAGAACAUGCUAGAUUCUAUUCAGCAGAAAUCAGUUUAGCUUUGAAUUUUUUGCAUACUAAAGGUAAUUGUCACCAUUUUAUUGCUUGGUAUAAUAUAAUAAUUAUUAAUAAUCCAUAAUAAAUAAUGUAUAUUAAAAUUUGUCUUAAUUGUAUAACUAAGCAGAUAUUUAUUAGAAAACCUCUUCAACAUUUGUUUUCACUGUAUGUCUUUUUCAUAAUAUAAACAACAAAGGUAUUCUACAAUUCAAUGAUUGUAAUUUUUUGGUUGAGUAUAGAGGUAAAGGAUCUAUUAUAUUUUAAAUAAAGAAGAGUAUUACUAUGUCUUAACUGAAUUAGGACCGUGAAUUAAUAAAAACUAAAAUAUAUUUGUACGUUUUUUGUUUUAUUUUGAUUUAUACGAUUAAUAACCCAAAUAUAAAUUUCUCAGUGUGAGGAAGUGUAGUUGAUGAGUUAGUGUGUGAUGUUGUACAUUACCUGUACAUAAUAUGUCCAAUAUGUUAUCAGUUAUACAAGUUAUGAAUAUAUCAAAAUAAUUUGGCUUACUUAAAAAUGAAUAACUGGAUAACAAUUCUAUCAACAGUAUUAUGUUUGAAAGUAAUGUCUUAUCAAUGUCUUAUAUGAACAUGAAGCAUAGUUUCAGAAAUCAAUUGGUAAAUCAUUAAGUACCUACCUACUGAAUAUCAUGCAGUUUGUGUAAUAGAAUUUCAGUAAAAACUAUUUGUAUUUCGAGUAUGUUGGCAUAUUUAUAACCUCAAAUUUGUAUCUUAAAUAAUAUAUACAGGGUUAUUUUUAAGGCAUGCUCGCCUUAUUUGUAUGGAUAAGUUGUGAUUGCAAUCAUUUAUAUUAUAUAAAUUUAAAUUAUUGGUUGCUUGUGUAAUAAACUAAUAUAUUAUGAUUUUUAAUUUUGUCAACAUACAUUAUAGCUACAAUUAUAGUUUAUUGGUUCAUUCAUUUUCUUUAAUAUUUUUGAUAUUUUUCAAGAUACAGGUAUAUUAUUUAAUUUCUCUUAACUAUGACUAUUAAAUAACUUAUGAAGAAAUAAAAACAUUUCAAUUGAGUUAUGGCAUAGUAAAUACAGUUCUUUAUAAAAUCUAUAGGUCUCUUUGUCCUAAACUCUUAUUAAAGAGUUGCAACUGUUAAAGUAUAAAAUUAAUUUAUUGUUAUAUUAUUAUAUUUAUUAAAUAAAUAUUUCUACAGUUUAUAGUUUUUUUUUUUAUAAUUAUAUUAGUUAAUCAUUGUAUUAAUUUAGGAUUCAUAUUAUAUUAAUUUAUUUUAUAAUAUUAUUUUUAUAUUUAAGGUAUUAUAUAUCGAGAUUUAAAAUUGGAUAAUGUACUUCUUGAUCAUGAAGGCCAUAUAAAACUGACAGACUAUGGAAUGUGUAAAGAAGGAAUACGGUCUGGAGAAACAACAUGUACAUUUUGCGGUACUCCAAAUUAUAUUGCUCCAGAAAUUUUAAGAGGAGAAGAUUAUGGAUUUAGGUACAUAAUUUCAUUAUGUUAUAUUUUUAUAGAUUAAACACCAGAUAGUUAUAAUUUUUCUAAGGUUAAUAAUCAAUAGUUAUCUGCUGUAUACUAUUAAAAGUCUGCAAUAUCAUUAUGACAUGAUAUCAAUACUGUAAGAUUUUUUCAAAUUUUAAUUCAAUGUAUUUUCGAUUAAUAAAUAGAAUUACUCACAAAACUAAGUAGUAUACAUGGUACAUAUACAUUUUAAUAUAUAUACAUUUAUGUUAUUUAUCUAUUAUGAUAAGAUAUGGUUUAUACAUGGUUUGGAUAUGGAUUGAUAUUUUAAUCAUUAAUUACAUUUCUUAUUUUGGUGUUCUCUAUUCAGUAUCUAAAUUACUAUUGUUAUAUUUGUUUAUGAAUAACUUGUUUAUUUCAAAAUAUUCAGGCAAUUUUUAGUUUUUUUUUUUUUUUUUUUAUUUGGUUUAUAUAAAUUAAAUUUUUUUGACUGAACAAAAAUGCAUUACAAAGUUCAUUUAAUCAUAAGUUUUUAUUAGUGAUAGGAAAAAAAAUUGUAGUGCAAUAUAGUAGUUUUAAAUUUGGAGCAAAGUGAGGAAUUUAUUGGUUUUAUUAUGUGAUCUUUUUCUGUCGAAACAAUUUUACUAACAAGAAAACUUGCUCCAAUCACUUUUUUUGUUGAAUUUUUGGAUCUAUAUCUGAGGAAGUAAGUGAUUUUUUGAUUUUCUGUGUAGUUUUCUUUAAAAUUGAGCAAAACUGGGAAAGAACAGAAAAGUUUAUAAAAAUAUUGAAAAUAUAAAAUCUUCAAUUUUGGUUUUUGUAAAAAUUCAGUUAAACAUAUUUAUAGACUUGAAAUUUUGAUAGAAAACUUAUAUUUGGCAUUUCUAGAUGUUAUAGAAUAUUCAAAACAUUUUGUGUUAUUCACAAGCAUUCUAUUUUUGUGAGUUUUUAAAGUAUUUUUUAUUUGGUAGGUACCCUGUGGAUAAAAUUGUUUGACUAAACAAAAAUGCUUGAAAAUUUGACAGGCUGUUCACUAUAAAUCAUACUUAAUAGUAAAAAUAAAAGUUGAGUGUAAUAUAGUUUUUUUUUUUUGUUUUUAUUAUACAAGUUUAAAUAUUAUAAGGUCUUUCAAAACAUGUUUUACUAAAUGUCUCUGAAUCUUUUUUCGUUUGAAAUGAUUUAUUAUUACUUAAAGGUUAUACCUAUAAACUAGAUAACCAUAUGUAUCCUUUCUUCUCAACUUUCCAACUUCUGACUUUUUUUUUUAUAUAGGCUUUAUAAGUUGAAAUUUUGAUGAAAAUCAUAAAAAUGAUGACAUUUCAAAACAUGCUUAACCAACCACUCAGACUCAUACUUCAUCACUUAUUAGUAAUGAUUCAUUGUUGUUUUCAGGCAUAAAAAUAUUUAAUCUAUGUCUAUCCUUUUUCUUUGUUUCUUGAAUUUAUCUUACUUCCCAACAUCUUGCUUAUAGAGCUACACCAGUGGCAUACCUAUUAGUUUAACUCCUUUAUUCUUUCAUUUUUUUUUUUUUUUUUUUUUUUUUUUUUUUUUUUUUUGUAAUUAUUUAAUUUAAAACAUUUAAACUUAUAUUCUGUUAAUAGUUACACUAUUCAAAUUUUUUUUAAAUUUAAUAUAUAAUUUUAAACUGUCAAUAAAGUACCAAAAACAUUUAAAAUAAAACAGUUUUAUUUUGAAAUGAAAAAUAGACAAAUAGUUAUUAGUUUCAAUUAAUGAAAAUGUGAAAUACAAAUUUUACUUGAUUGUAUUUUAUUUUCCUUCAAUUUCAUAAAAUAAUUUUUCUCAAAUCAGUUUUUUAAUUGUUUUUUUAUAGUAUAUAUUGAUAAGUUGGAUAAAUAAAUUUAAAUUUUGCUUAGUUUUAUUUUCCCUAAAAAUGUUGUUAAUAGUUUUUCUAUAUUUGUAAUGUAAUAAUAAUUUAAUUUGGUUUGUUAAUUAGUGUUGAUUGGUGGGCACUAGGAGUGCUUUUGUACGAAAUGUUAGCUGGUAGAAGUCCAUUUGAUAUUGCUGGAGCAUCAGAAAAUCCAGAUCAAAAUACUGAAGAUUAUCUGUUUCAAGGUGAUUGAAAUACAAUAAUCAAUUUUAUACAACUAAAAUUAAAUGUUAACCACAUUGUUUUUUUUUCUUUUUCUAGUUAUUCUCGAAAAAACUAUUCGAAUUCCAAGAUCACUUUCUGUAAAAGCUGCUUCAGUAUUGAAAGGAUUUUUAAAUAAAAAUCCAAUUGAACGUUUAGGUUGUAAUCGAGAAUCCGGCUUUUAUGAUAUUAUAACUCAUCCAUUCUUCAAAUCAAUUGAUUGGGAAAUGGUAAGGUGUCAGAUAAUCCUAUAACUUAAUAUAGUUAUUAUUUUCUAUCAUUAAAAUUAUUAAGAGCACAUGAUACUGAGGUUGUUUCUAUCUUAUAAACAUAUGAAAUAGCAAGUUCGUGUUCAGCAAGAGAACUUUGUGCAGUUAGUUUUAAUAUUAUAAUGAAUUAUAAAACUUAAAGAUUAAAAUAACUUUGUAAUUGUAUUGCUUUUUUUCAAUAUUUUAAUUUUAGAGCAAAAUUUAAGUAUUUUUAAACAAUCAAUAAAAUGUAUGAUUAUAAUGUCAUAAGCGAACUUAAACUAACUUUUUAACAAAUAUCAAUAAAAAAAAGUGAUUAGGAACACAGAUGUUCUUAUCUUUAAGUUUGAUAAUAGGUCAUUUCGCUGUAAUAUUAAAACUGACUGUACAAAGUUUUCCCUGUUGAAUAUAAUUGUGAGUACCUUUCUUUUUGAGUAAUUUGUUAUAAAACCUAAUAAUUUGUUUGAAUUUAGUUGGAGCAAAAGCAAGUUAGCCCUCCUUAUAAACCACGGUUAGAUUCUGAUCGUGAUCUUGCCAAUUUCCCACCAGAAUUUACUGAUGAACCUGUACACUUAACACCUGAUGAUUUGUAAGUAAAUUUAUUAUUUAUUUAACACCCAUUUAAAAUAUAUAUUACCAUAAUAUUACAAGAAAAUUUUAGUUAUAUUUUAUAAAAAUAAGUUUUGCGUAUGUAUUUAACUGGCAUAUUUCAAUGAUGGUUAAAUCAGAAUUGUACAAAAAUUGAAUGUAGUUCAGUUUGGGCCCAUGAAAUAUUUUGUUCCAAAAUAUAGAUGUGGAUGCGUUAAAGAUAUUGUAGUAAAAAAUAUAGUACUUUGAUCACAGUAUGAUUUGAAUUUAUUUAUAAAAAUGUAUAAUAGAAUAAAUGUUUUAAGUCGAUAAACAUUAAAUUAAUAAUUUAAUACAUCAUUCAUCGUACCUAAAUGGUUUAAAAAAAAGUUUAGUGUACUGUACUAGUUGUUUUUUUAUUGGUGAAAGUUAAAAUUUUAAUACAAAUUGUAGAAAUCACUGCAUUUAAUAAUAUGCCGAACUUUACUCAAAAUCGUUUUUUUAUUAGCAGUGAUUUGUCUUAGAGUACAAAUAUAUAUCAAGUUAUUCUAUGCAUCCUACCUCUUUAAUUUGAACAGUGGUCUACCCAAAAGUACAAUAUCAUACUGUUGUACAAGGAGUGUAGUGAUAUUAUACUAAACACUCGCUUUGUAAUGGUUUUUUAUUUAUCUGUUUUCAGAAUUAGUUAAUAUCAUAAAAUACUUAUAAUUUGGUAGUUAUGAAAAUGAAUGUAUUCAUUUUUUAUUUAAAAAUUAAAUUAUGUAUAUAGAUUACAUGGUAUUUGACAAUCUCAUAACUGUUUUAAACAUUCUUUUUCAAUAGUUAUUUUUAUCAGACUAUGGAGACUCUGGUUCAGACCAUGGUUAUGUAUUUACUAAACUUUUUUUUAAUAUCACCAAUUUUGAAAUAAAAAUUAUUAGUUUUGUUUAAAAUAUUACCUAUCUCUAGACUUGAUAAAAUAAUAAUAAUUAAUAAUAUUUAGUCAAUAAAUACAUUUUUUUUUUUGUAAAAUAACUUUAUUAUAAAUAUUUGUGCCAAAAAUUGAAAUUGUCACAUUUGGCACAAUUACUUAGUACUUACUUGUUUUUGAUAAAAUUAACUUUUAUGAAUUAAAUCUGGUCUACAUUCCUUAAUAUGCAUUUAACAGUGAAUUUAUAAACUUCAUAAUGCAAAUUAUAGUACUAUAUAAUUUAUUAUUUCACCUAAAUACAUUUUUUAAAUUUGUAUUAUUUUUACCAGGUUUGGUAAAUUUAAUAAUAAUUAAUAUGUAAACUAAUAUUUUAGUAUCAGUUAUCAGUAAUAAUUUCAACAAUUAAUAAACAUUUAUUUAAAUAAAGUGAAUAGUUAGAUGAAGUUUAGUUUGUGGUUAUGUUAGUUUGAUUUAAACCUUCACCUGUUAUAAAUUAUAGAAUUUUGUUUUGAUUAUUCAGUACUGGUUUUACAAAGAAUACAAGACUUUUGCAUUUAAAAGUUGUAGUAUAUGCAAUAUUAUUCUUACAUAUUCAUCUGCCACUCCAAUAACAUGAACAUUUUCUCUUUGAAUCUUACUUAGUUUAUGUCAUAAUAUACUUGUUUUUUGUACUUUGUACUUUCAUACUAAAAUAUAGUAGCCAAAAACUUUUGGUUGCAAUAUUCAUAAAUUCUUAUAAUUUGUAAUAUGUAUUCUGUGGGUUUUUAUUUUUGAACACUAAAUCAUGACAUAUUGAAUUACAUUUUCUCUACAUUUUUCAUUAAUUUGUAUUUAUUUUAUAAGUUUCUUAUAUUUUACAUUUUAAAAUUAUAAUAACAUAAUCGUAUUUCAUUUUUUAAUUUACCUUUAAUUUAACUAUUAACUAUAACUUAUUAGUAUUAAAUGCAAAGGAGAUAAUAUGCAUAUAUAAAACAAAGCAAACAAAACUUAUAUAAUUUAUAAAACAUUUAACAUUUUGUAUUUUUUUUUUGUAUUUGAUAUUUAAUUUAAAUACAAUUCAAUAAUCAAUAUUUCUGUUGAAAGGUAUUUUUGAAAAAAAAAAUAAAAUGUAUCAUAAUUAUAUAUAAAUCAAAUAUCAAUUACUUGCUAUUGUCAAUUGUAUUUUUCUUACUAUUAAGAGGACACCACAUCAGCAUCUACUGUCCCCACCUUACAAACACAUGACAUAGCAAAUUUGCAUUAUCUAGGACAAAUUUUAAGCGGCCAGUGAUAAUACUAUAGCAAAUUGACCUAUGACCAAACUUAAAGAUAAAAAAAUCAUCUGUACCCUAGCGUUGAGGGUUUUUUUCUCGAUAUUUUAAUUUUUAAAUGCGAUGAGUAUGUUAAAUAUAACAAUUUAAAAAAUGAUUUUUUCUUGAAAAUGAAUGAAAAAAUAAAUAAUAAAAAUGAAGAUAUCAAAAAAAAAAAAACAUCAACGAUCUAUGCUAGAGCAGAGAUAAUCUUUUUAACUUUAGGUUUGAUUAUAGGUUAAUUCGCCUUAAUAUUAAAACUAACAGCAUGCAAUUUGUCCUAUUGAACGCAAAUUUACUAUAUUGGACAUUUGUAAAAUGGAGACAAUAGAUUCCGCUGUGGUAUCUUAAACUGAAAAUAAUGUCUAUUAUAUACCAAAUAAAAUCAAAAAAUUUUAAAUAAGUAAUAGGUAACUAAGUAAAUUAUAGGUAUAGGUAUAAAUAUUUAAAGGAAAAAUACCAACUACCAUAAUAAUUUUAAUCUACAGUUAGUUUUCAUUUGAGAAUUAUUAAAUUUAAAUUUAUUAAUCUUUAUAUAAAUGGGCCUAAAUAUAACCCAAUGCCUCACCUUUUUAACAAUAAUUAUAAUUUUUACUGUUGACAUAAAUAAACUAUUGUAUAAUGUAUGUUCAUAAUAAUAUUAUUGGCCUUUUUUGAGUAGGUAUAACUAUAGUAACUAACUAUAGUUACGUGAUAUUUUAUGAAAUUAAAGUCUACAAUAAUUAUUGUUUUCCUUGUCCAGUAACAAACAUAAGUACAUAGAUUGUCGAUUAUUAUUAUUUUUUUCUGAUCAUAUACAAUAUGUGAACUGUUUUGUUGACAAAACGACCAUUAUUAUGUAUAAUGACGACGUUGAUGAUGAUGACAGCGGCCGACCCUGGGGUGUUUUUACCAACUUAGGGUCCUAAAUAGGGAAUAAUAGUAAAUAACGAGAGCGGUGCAUGGGUUUUUUGUAUUUUAAGGAGUGUACCUGCGGGUAUAUCGCAGUAUUGUUUUAUCAAGGAAUAUUAUAAUUAUACUUGUCCCCGGGAUCUCCCCUGCUGCAGCAACAGCAGUACUGUUUCACACGUCUCCCGUUUCCUGCGUUUUUUUAAUUGCUACCCUGACUAAAAAGAAAAAUAUAUAUAUUAUAUAUAUCAGCUGCUCCAUGUAUACAGUAUAGCUUUGUUGUCAAUCACCGGUCACCGAGGUCAAGCCGCUGAAAAACGACUUCGACCGUCGCUUUGUCGUCCCUCAUUAUAUUAUUAUUAUAUACGGGUAUAUGGAUUUCGUAAUGUUUAUUUCCUCCUUUGUCGGUGCAUUUCGUUUUGUCCUUUUUUUUUUUUUGGCAUACGUUUCUGUUUGCUUUAAUUAUUUUUGUGUUUGGGGAUGGAAUAAAUAGAAAAUAGAAAUCUAUGGUCGUAUACGAGUGAGAAACCUCACUCUGUGGCGUGCCAGUGAUCAUUCAAGUUUCGUGACAUUAUACAUUGUCCGAAGCUUACCGACUACUGUUAUCUCGACAAAUAGUGUUUUCCGCGCACAAACCACAAGCAAUACGGUGUACGAUUUUCAAUCCAUUUAAUCCCUUGUCUGAUUUCCAAAGAAAAUGUUAUAUUAUCUCCCGGAUUAAGAUACUCGUACAAAAACUUGUUAUUUCAACGAUAUAAUAAAAUACUACAUCAUCAUUUAUACCCAAAAUCGAGAGAAGACUGAAACCUCUUUCACUCCCAGCCUGUGUCUCAAAUUAUAUCAAUAACAUUCCAUUUUUUUUCACAUUGAUAUUAUAUAUUUUUUGAUUACUUAAAUUUUAAAAAAAUAUUCUGAUUUUCUUAAGAGUUAAUUUAAUAAGGUAAUACAUCUAAAUUUAUGUUAAUAGAUCUAUAAAAGAAUAACCCAAACACACUAAAUACCAUGGGUGUACAAUUGUUGUAGGUAAGAAGUUUGUAAUUUAUAUGAUAAUAUAGGUAAUAAUUUAAUUUUUAUACUGAAACUGAUCAUAAAUAAUUUCAAUAAAAAAACGAUUUUGAGCAGAGCUCGGUAAAUUGGGUUAUAUAGUAUUGGUUGUGUUUUCUCCCUUGAAGCCUGUCAUUUGAUGUUGGUUUUUUUAAAUUUAUUUGUAAAACUGUUGCUGGUCUGACAAAAUUGUUUUAAAUAAAGUAGGUACCACUAGGCAAAAAAUCCGUUUUUUUAAGGUACGAUGUGAAUAAUAUAAAACAUUUUUUCCAACCACCGAAAAAGUAUUUUCCGAGAAGAAAAACUAUAAUUAAAAAAAAAAAAAAAAAAAAAUGAGAUUUAUUUUGUCAUACCUGCUUGUUUAUUAACGCUAAAUCCUGCGUUUAUUUAUAGCUUUCUGAAACAUUCCGAAUAAUUGUUGACAACUAGAUAAUUUAAAAACUACCAUAAUAUCGCAUUAUGAUUAGACUGUAAUGACACAUUAUUUUCAUCUAAUGUGUGAUACUUCAUUGCUUCAUUUAGAAAUUUCAUAUACAAACAUGUAUACGAUUAAUAGUGUAUUAUAGUGUUAAAUGUUUUAAUGAAAUGUUAAAACCCGUGUUCUCUAAUAAAAAUAUUCUAAAAGAUUUUUUUUUAAAUUUUUUUUGUUUGCUAUGCGACACUAUGGGAGUAAAUUUAUACGCAGUCGACUGUAUUUAUAAAUUAUGCCCACAGUGUGUGCUAUUUUUGUUGUCAUUUUUUCCCUAUUACAUUAUUGUUACAAGUUCUUAUUUUUUUAUUUCUCCGAAUAGUUAUCUAUUUAAAUUAUCGUUAAGAUCGUAUCAAUUAAAAUUAUUAUUUAAUUUUAUAGAAUGACUCCAUGUAUUAUACGAGUCAUCGCGUCGAAAUAUUAUGUAUAACGUUGGUAGGUCUAUAAAUUAAAUAGCUUCUUCAUCUUAUAAACAAUAUUCACAUCGUGGUCUAUAUUUAUUAUUUUUUUUUUUUAUUUAAUUUAACUAUUUUUUGUGCGUAUAACGCCUGUGUGUGUGUGUGUGUGUGUGUGUGUUUUCGUUAGAUUUAUGAUUUGAUUUAGGAAUGCGUAUGCUGCGAUCUUAAAUUAUCACCACCGCAUUUCGACAACAUAUGAUAUUAUACACUAAAUAACGAAAAUAACAGCACUGUGGAAGGCGUUGCGAACCACCAAUCGGCCGUAAAUACAACGCCACACAUGAUUUACCUAAUUUUAAAUAUGCACUCGUAGACGUUGUGUUGCGUAUACAGGGUGAUCAUCGAUAAGAUUAUCACGGAAAGUAUUAAUUUUUUUCAAAAACUUAAUUAACACGUUGAAGAAACGGUCUAGACUGUUAAUUUUUUUUACUAUUUUCAAGGGUGAAACCACUUUUAAUUUCCAAUGACAAUCUAUACAAAAAUGCUUUGAACAGAUGAAGUUUUAGUUUGAAUAUAUUUUGAUAAUUUUAAUUUCCGUCAAUCCGUUGAAAAAAUUGUCUUCUUUUAAUUUUAGGUUGGAACAAAGUAGUGUGUAGCCCUAUUCAAACAUCGAGCAUCACACAAAUACUCUAUUACUCUUUCCCAAACUUAAAUGUGGAAUGUAUUUCGUUCAUGGGUUGACGAAAAUUAAAAAUGCCAACACCAAAAUGUUUUUAAACAAAAAAUUUAAAUUAUUUUUAUCUAAUUUUUAAUAUAGGUUGCUGUUUAAAAAUUAAAAGUGGAUAGAGGUUUAUCUCCAAAUUCGUGGUUUUUGAUUACAAAAUCAAAAAUAAAAAAAUUUAUUAUGCAUUUCGCUGGAAGUUUUCCUUAUUAUGACAAAAAAAAAGUUCAAAAUCGGAUUACUCAGACAAAACUAGGGAGGUAUUAGAGGGUCUUCAGCAUCUCCAAGUUCAAAAUUAGUACCCCUCCCCCCCCCAAAAAAAAUACUCAAUACGUUUUUUUUAUAGUAUCGAUUAAAUAUUUUAUCUAUGUAUUUCAUAAUUAAUAAGCUAUAGGAUAAAUACAGAUUACCUACAGACAAUGUAUGAUAUAUAAAAAAUAAAGUUAUACUACAUAGUCAGAUGAAAAAUCGUAAUUGUAAUGUGUAAUUGCUUGUUAUAAGUAUCAUGUAAAGGUGAUUGUGGGGACAUUGAUAGGUCUAUGAUGUGUCUAUAGUUUUAGCACCCCCAAAAUUGGUGGUCUAGUUGUGCCUUAUUCACGAAUUGUUUUGAGCAAAAAAUCAGUUAGCGUCCAUUAAUUUAAAAAUUAAAACCAAUUGAACUAUAUUUAAUGAGACCAAUUGUUAACAAUUACUCAAAUAAUAAAAAAACAUCAAGUAGGGACUCUCAACAGAAAAAGGAAUCUUGUAUUUGUUUUUAUUGUUAUUUUAAUGUCAGCUGUACGUUCUGUAUACAUCGUCUAUACGUUUACUGUGUUUGUGUUGUCUUUUGUUGUUUUUUUUUUUUUUUUAUAGUGUUCGAAAAAGUAUAUAAUAUUUAUUAGUAAAAAUAUGUGAUGACAUUUGCAUAAUAAUAACAAUAAUAAAUUCGAUUUUUUUUUCGUGCUAUCCCACGUUCUCUGCGUCACGAUAUAAUAAUAUCACGACGAUAACUAAAAAGACGCUACACAAUAUGAGAUUAUUUUUUAACUGAUUGGCUUUUUACAGAACCAAUUUCGUGCUGUUAGUUUUAAUAUUAUAACGAAUUUGGCAUAAUACAUCAAAUUUAAUGUAAGAAACCGUGUUUGUACGUUGGUUUUUUACGAUAUUUUCGUUUUCAAACGACAUAAUAUUUUGAGUGUGUGAAAUACUAAAAUAUUGAUAAAAAAAAUGAGGUAAGAACACAGUUAAUGUUCAUACCUUUUAAGUAUAGAUUUACUCCAUAUUAAACUGAGAUAACAAAACCGUGUAUAACGUCCUGUUAAAUGGAACUCAUACCAUCGGUUAUUGUACACAUUACACUGACCGAGAGUGAAAAUAAAUAUAAAUAUUAAAACUUUUAGUUUAGUAAUAAUAAUAAUAAUAAUAAUAUAGUUUAUAAUAUUUCGUGGCGUUCGGGUAGGGGGAAAUGGAUCUUAUGUUUCGGCGUGCCAAAAAGAAGAUAUAGAAAAUUUCGGUAGUGUAUAAACCCAGGGGACCGUUGCCAAAUGUCAACUAUAUGACGACACCGACGUGAUAUACAAAACCGUACAAAUGUCUGACCAUUUUUUUUUGCUCGUAAGCCACUGACAAUUAUUAUAUAAUAUCAGACGAAAUUAAUUUUCGUUCUUAGUAAAUGAUUAUAUUUUACUAAUUAAUAGUCGUGUGCUUUUUUUUUCCGUCUGCGAACAUUGCUUUACUCGUAGCACAUUUUGUUUAUAGUUAGCGUAUUUGUAUAGGCAAUCUAGUUAUGUAUUCCUAGUACUUAUAUUUCAUAUUCUAUAUAUUUGUGUUUUACCUUUUACGGUUAUCAAAAAAACGGUUAUUGAUUUUUGUCGAAUUUGUUGCGAAAAUAGACUGUUGCACUGUCGUAUCUAUAUUAUACAAAUUUUAUCUAAUUUAAUGUUAUAGAAAAAUUUUCCAUAAAAUACUUAUUUUUCAUAAAAAUUAUUUAUGUAAAGACUUUUUGGAAAUUCUAAAAUGUUUACAUUGGCCUUAUUUUCGGAAUGAAACGACUACCUACUUUUGAUUUUCGAAUGUUAACUUAUUAAAAGUUCUAUAAAUAAAUGUAUUAUUACUUUUAAGACAUUUUUGUUGUCAGUUGUAUUUAUCAGGGGGGUGAAUAAAAUUCCAGGAGGCAUUUGCUCCUUUCUGGAGUAUACCUGAAUUUAACACUAACUGAGUGGGUGUCCCACGAAGACAUAACUGUUGCAACCCGUUCUGGGUUAAUGAUAUUAUAGAAGUAAUGAUAUUGACAAAAUUCAAAGUUAUCUGAUUAUUUACUUUAAAUGUAAUAUAUUAAGAAUUCCACACUCCGGUUAUAACAAUAUUAUAAUUUUUCUAAAUUUGCAGUCCUUAAAAGAUAGAAGACACAACUACUACGCUUCUUUUCUUAAUAAAUUAACCAUUAACUACAUUGGUGACUCUUUCAUAUUUGGCCUUAUCAAAUUUAAAGUCAACCCUCAUAAUAAUCGUAACAGAAAUCUAUUCUAUAUUCCUCAUCAAAAUAAAAAUUAUUUAUCUUGCUCGCCUUUAAAUAUUUUAAUGUCAACUGGUAAUAAUCUUACCAAGAAAUUCUAUUUGUUUAAUAUUUUCACUACUUACAUAUUUUUAUUUUCGUUUUUUUUUUUUUUAUGUUAUAAAAUGUUAUAUGUCGCAAUUGUAAGUUUAUGUACCCUCUACUCAUAUCAUUAUUGUAAUUUUAUUUUAAUUGGACAUUUGUCCGUAAUAUUUAAUAAAUAAAUAUUUCGGAAAGUAAUAUCUUUUUUUUUCUUUUGGAUUUUUAUUUUGACAAUUUAAGAAACAAGCUGCUAUACAAUUUUUUAUUUCCAAUAUUUUUUGUCACUCUUAAUUUUGGGGGUAAAAUGAUUAUCUAUUUUUGAUUUUUAAAUGACAAUCAAUAUUAAAAAUUAUAUAAAUAGUAAUGGCUAAAAUACAUUUUGAUGUUAAAAUGUUGGAUUUCCGUUGACAAGAUUUCACUUUGGGUUCACUUUAGUUUGGAUAAGGGAUGAGUAGUGGAUCACUAUUCAAACGCCUCGUGUCGUGUCGCUACACAAGAUGAAGAGCAUUUCCUUAAAAGCGGAAUGUCUCGUCAACGUGUUAAUUGAAAUCAAUAAUUUCAAUAGCAAAAUGUAUUUAAAAUAGCUCGCUUCUCUCCAUAUUUACAGCCUAAGUUAAUGUAUGCUUAAUUUAUUGACUAUAAUUUUGUUGUUUGGAUCUGGCUUAACUAAAGAAAAUUCUAUGAUUUAUUCAUGAAUCGUGAUUAUUAUUGACCCAUAUCUCAUCCAAUUGUAAAUUCUUGGACAUGUCACCGAAUGCAGAAACAAAUUGAGUAAUAACGCCCAUCAUUGUCGCGCUUUAUAUAAUACAAAAUAUAUCGCGAUUUUUGUUAAAAUAUCCUUGCCCCUCCACUGUCCCUCUCCCUCUUUUUCUUUCUAUUGUCGUGCUGCCGUUUUGACAUAUUUACGAUUUUUAAAUUACGAAUUGAAAAGCGACCGCCCGGGUGUACGUGUGUGUCAAUAUUUUAAUGUAACGGUUACAGAGGUCAAAGAGACACGUCGUGUAAUUUGUCAGGACACGCGCAAUUAUUCAAAUUCUUCCCGUCGCCAUUGUCCACGCGUACCAGUAUUAUUAUUACACUGUCCGUGUAUUAUAGAGGCGCGCAUCCCCGGGAGCGUGAGAUAACCGCGGCGUUCGUUCCCUCUGUUUGACACCUUGGUGUUCAUUAUCGCAAUGUUUUUUUUUUUCGUCUUCUUUCACUAACUCGUCACUGCAGCGUUUCCUCCGCGCGUCUCGUUUACACGGCAGUAUUGCUCUCGCUUUCGGCGCCGACCGUUUUGUCGUAUUAUAAUAUUUUUUUGUUGUUUCGGAUGCGACACCCUUUAACAGUUUUGUUUACGGCUCAUUUAGCACACGCAUUUACCAUACACAAACACACACACACAAAUACUAGGCCACACCGUCGAUAUACGUAUACGGACGCAUCCAUACCUAUAUGAUACGCCGAGGACGACAACAAAUGUUUAUAAAGAAUGAAAAAUUUGACGUGAAUUUUUUCUAAAGAAGAGAGUGGACGAGGGCCAUCUGUUAUCCGUUUACAUUAUAUAAUAUUAUAAUAAUAGUUAUAGUAUAUUGAUGGCGGCGGCAACAACGACGAUCCGCGUCCACCCAGAAAAAAAAAAAAAUAUUGUUGUCAUAUGCAUUUUAUAAUAAUAAUCAUAUGUACCGGUCAACGCGCCUGCACGUUUUGGCGACACCAUCCUCACGCUCUCUCUCUCUCUCUCUCUAUCUGUUUCCGUCUCCGCGGUCCAAGACGAUGUGUUAGCGUGUGUGUGUAUGUAUGCGCGUCUGGUCCUUUUUCUUUUAAAUUUAUUUAUAGAACCGAAUCCCAGGGGCGUGUUAUUAGAAGCAACAUAUGUAAGCAGUAAAAAAUAAAUAAAACUAUAAUAAUAAUAAAGAUUUGAGACUCGAUGUCGUUAUGUUUUUUAAUGUAUAAGUCAUAACAGUGUACUUAUUUUUCGGGGCUCCGGGCCAAAAUCCGACGGAUUAUCUGCAAAUAUUCGCGUCGUCUAAAAAUAAUUUCGGUUUACCGCGGCGGUUUCCACACGUUCAUCGGCCAUCCCAGUCGAAAAUUCCAGAAUCUCGUAAUAGUAGUAUAAAAUAUUAUCGUGGUGUUUGUGUUUGUUAUAGCGAACGGAAUUCCAUGUUAAAUUACUCUCUUCGGAUCUAUAAUAUAGGCUAUACACGCAAAAAACAACAAUAUUAUAUUAUUAAUAAGCAAAAAAAAAAAAAAGAAGACAAUCUCAUAAACGUACGUUUUUAUUUAAUGAUAAAAUAUUUAUUUUUUUUUAAAAAAUACGAUUUUUUGUACUUUCGAUAACAAGUUGAAUACAGAAAGAAUUGUAAAACGCAAAUAAAGUAGGUGUUUUUGUCAUUAUAAUCGAUUUUAAAGGUAUUUUUGUUUAUUUUAUACGAUACAUUUUUUGGAAAAUAUUAAAUAUGCGAAAAUCAACAAAAUAUGUAAUUUUUCUCUAAAAUUAACGAAAUAUGCAAAAUAUGUAAUUUAAAUGUUCAAUUUUUAAACUCUCCAUCGUAUGGAAAAUAUUUCCAGCUUAGUCUACUAUAAAUUCAGUGCAUACAGAAAAAUAUGCAACUCUUAUAACUUCUGAGCCCUAGUUAUUACUAUUAGGUAAUAUUAAAUUAUUAAGUAUUAAUUAAGUACUAUUCGAUUAGAAUUAUCUGCGAAAACCUUAGAGUAGAUUUUUGAUUUCGGGAUCCAACUAGGAUGCGCCGAAUUUUACAUACCACCAGCACUAGUUCUUUCUGUAUUAUAGGUACAUAUAAGUUAUUAUAUAUAUAUUUAGUUUUAUUAUAUUAUCUGGUAAAUAUAAUAACCGAAAACCUGUCAAAUAGUAACGGAAAAUAUUGUAUUUUUUUCUCCGCAUCUGGUUUUACGAUUAUACGUGCGGUGGUAUACUAUACAGUAUACUGUAUAUUAUUAGUGUCGUAUAAAGUCGAUAAGAAUAAAGCGUCCGUUGAAAACAGUCCAGAAGAACGGACGGAAGGGCGACAUAAAAAAAAAAAAAAAAAAAAAAAUGCGAUAGUCGUAAAAUCUUUUGUGAGAGGACCAAUGAGAGGACUAUAUGAGACUCUUGCUAUACCGAAGAGUCUCUCCUUUCCCUCUUAUUAUUAUUAUUAUUAUUAUUAUUAUUACUGUCUAGGAGACGAACGGCGCAUUUUUAUGACCAAGCAUUACUCUAUACCUUAAAAGCGCGAGACAUUUUACGAUCCAUCAACCCUCACCGUACAAUGAAACGCAGCUCUCUCGCGAAAAAAAAAGAAUAAAAGAGAAGUUUUUCGAUUACUAUCGCCCGAGCUCCUCUCGAGUUCUCGCGCGUCCUCUUAUUCGCGUGUUCUUUUUUUUCUUUUCUUUUUCUUUCGAGUGGCGACAGGUCCGGAUGGUGUAAGGAUUUACAAGAUUUAAUAACGGCCGUACAUAUUUAUUUUUACUCUAGAGCAAAAAGCACGCACUGCUUUAUCGACAAACUACUAUAUUAUAUGGUACACUAUAUUUUUAUAUAUACAUAUAUACAUGCAUAUAGUAUGUCAAACUGUCACCGACAGUCUUGGAAAGGAAGUUCUGUAAUUCACCAGAUUUUGCUAGACAAUUUUCAAUAUUUGUUAAUUAUAUUGGUUUUUUUUAUACCGUAAACAUCAUGCUGGUGCCCAACUUGAUGCAAAACAUCUUCAUCAUUUGCUAAUAUUUUUUUCCACGUAAAAAUAUCACCGUUGAAAUUUACCAGAUUUUUCUCGACUUACCGAUCAAAUUUAUCUUGGUAAAUUUUGAAAAUCGCUCGUAGCGAAUUCUCGGCAAAAUAUUCGUAAAAUUUCAGAAUUUGUUAAGCUGAUGUCAGGCUGCUGCUGACUAUUGACGUACGUGCUGUUUACUAUACACUAUACAUAUAUUAUACAGUCUCGAUAACUCAAAUUUUUUUUUUUCUGUCCCACGAAGCGUUUUUAAGUUGUAUUUGAGGUAUAUAACUUGGAAAAUACAUAAGUAUGUAUUUAUUGUUAUAUUCCCCUCGAGGUUCGAAUUAUCGAGACUCGACUGUACGUCUUUAUAGUUUUAAGACAACAAAUUAUUGUACAUAAUAAUAGUUUUUAACAAUCAUUUUUAUCCACUUGCAUGACAAAGUCAUUUGACCGUCACGAUGACAAGUUAUAAUAUUUUAUUUUAUUAGGCCUCCGCGGCCACAUAAACUCUGAAAUAUUGCUACCAAUUUCACGUUAAGUUUUUCAUCUGAGACAUCGUAUUUCAUUUAUUUUUAUCGGCACUUCGUCGGCGUCCUAUAUUAUAAUAUAUUAUUGUACCUAUACACAUGCUCACUGUACUCGCGUUGAAACUAAAAUAAAACCGCUACUAUAAUAUAAUAUACUAGUGUGUGAUCACUUUGUGUACGUUUUUACGACCGAGUUGUAGUAGUGUUAUUAAUUUAAUUUAUUUCCCUUGUAAAUGUCGUUGAUGUCUCGGCACGUCCGAGACGUAUAUCGUACACGAAAUAUCUCGUUAAACGUUAUUCCGUUAACGCGUAUUUAAUCCUGAUGACAUUCGUCGUUUGUGGCUUUCUUCUAACGGGGCGUUUUAUCAAGGAAAACGAAACCGAUUCUAAAUUCCAUUCAAAUAGGCCAGACAAUAAUACACAGGGAAUAAACACUUUCGCGUAAAAACAAUAUAAUUUUUGUAGACGACAGCAUUUUUCUAAGACAAAUCUUGUUGGCGUACGUUUUAUAAUAUUCUCUAAAUAUUCAAUCGGAUUAUUUCGUUGUCUAAAGGACAACUGCGUUUCAUACGGUGCACAACAGUUUCCGUUUACCAAUACUAACAUUAUACAGCUACCAUAUAGUCGGUGUAUAGAGGAUGAAGAGCGUCUAUUUUCGAAAAUCCAGGAGGGGCAAUGAAUUAUUUUUUAUUGUAUUUUUCAACGAUAUUGGCCUUAUCGUUAAACGGUUCACUGUGUAACAUGUAAUAGGUACGAAAAAGCCCGGGUGCAUACGUUAUCCUCUUUGCCUUCUCUCCUCUCUCCACCUCCUCUCCAAUGGUCGCCCGCGGACGUAUACAGGUAAAACGUAUAAAGAGCGUUUUUGGGAUUUGAUAAUUUCAGCACCUUGUUUCAAUUUAUAUAUCCGUACGUAACGGUAAACCAUUGCUAACAAAAAAUAAUUCUAAGCGGAGUUCGGUUAAUAGUGUUGCUUUGUCAACAAUAUAUAAUAUGUCAUAUUAUGGUAAAACAAUUGCAUAUGCAUUAUAUAUUUUCUUUAAUAUUAAUAAUCUAUUUUGCCGUUUUUUACCAUGUUUUUUUCAUUCAUUGGGAAAAUCAAUAAAUGUCUUCUGUAAAGUACCUCCCUAGUCAGAUUUCCUUUCAAAAAAAAUGCUACGAUUUGUUAAUCGGAGCAAAAUUACUGGUAAAAUUUGUUUACACAGUAUAAAAAAAAUAAACGUCUUUGUAAAGCCAAUACAUUCUUCAAUACACUCGGAAUCUAAAAAAAAAAAAAAAAAAAAAAAAAUAACAAUAAUUACAAUAAUCGUACGCAAUUAUUUAUCGUAACGUGUAGCGCGCGCGCAUAUUACUGUAUUGUUACGCGGGGAACGCCCGUGCACAGAUGGUCCGCGACGGCGUUCGCGAGUAGCGUGGAGGGGCGGGCGGGGCGCGAUUAAUCUUGUUGAAAUUCGUCGUGACCCCCCUCCCAUUCCCCCAAAAGCGUGUGUCGCACUGCGAAAAUCGCUCUCCGCACGUCUAUUUAUUAUUAUUGUUGUUAUUAUUAUAUUGUUAUUAUUAUUAUUAUUAUUAUUAUACCCACAUGUCUACAUAAAUAUUGUUAUCUACCUAUACCUAUACCUCCCGUGUAGCGUGAAUACGACCGGGCGACGUGUGUGAGAGAGUUGUCGCGCUCGCCCCUUACGCCAACUGUAUGCUAUGUAAAUUAUACGGUGUUGUUGUUUGGCGUGCAGUUAUUAAUCGAAAUCGGGGGUUUUUUUUUUUUUUUGUUUUUUUUUUUGUUCCAUGUUCGCGCCCGGCAGACGCGUCAUCGAGAAAAUCGAUCAGUCCGAGUUCGAGGGUUUCGAAUACGUGAACCCGUUGCUGAUGUCGCAGGAGGACAACGUGUGACACGAGGAGGACUGCGGCGAUUACGCCGCGCUCCGUCAUCAUCAGCUAGCGCAGCAGCACCGCCAACACCAACAACUACAAGAACAACAACAGUACCAUCACGAAGCCGACUGUCCUUGUUCGGCGACCAUCGACUCGCCCCCGGACAACGGACGGCCGCCGUCCAGAGGAUGGUUUUGCUUGCCUCUAAGAUAAAACGAAAAAUCAUUUCCCGCAGACGUAAAAAAAAAAAAAAAGAAAUAAAUUUUAUUAAGUUAAGAAUAUUGCGAAAGGAAUAACAAAAUAUUAUUAUUAUUAUUAUUAUUAUUAUUAUUAUUAUACCUAUCGGAUAAGCCUCGGACACCGUCGUCCGUACGGUGGCCAUAAUUAUUUUCCGUUUCGUUUUUAUUAUUAAUUUUUUUUUUUUUUUUUUGUAUAGUUUUUCGUGCCGUCAACGACGACUCUACCGAAAGCUCAACUUAUUUUAGACAUUUUCGUAUUCUUAUUUUUUCGAUUUUAAACAAAAACAGAUUAAUAAAUGUGUAAAAUGUAAUAUAUAUUUACUUAAUAUAUGUAUAGAUACACACACGUUCCUCGACUCGUGUAGAAUUUGUAGUAUUGUAACGAGGUAAAAAAAAAAACGAUAGUUUCACUCGUUCGUCGUACUUUUAAUGAUGAUAAUAUUAUUAUUAUUAUUAAUAUUGUACGUACUACGGCGAUAAUAACGCUGUCGAAAUAAAUACUAUAUCGAUAGAAAAAAAACAAUAGUGAUAAUCGUUUAACACGGGCCCGCGGACGAUAAAAAACAAAAAUGAACGCCGGUGUCUGGAUCGACCGCGUAUCUUUUGCGCGCACAUCACAAUAUCGUCGCGACGCAUCCGCGCGUACUAAACAUUUUACAGUAGUACGAUUAAAAAUAAUUUCGAUCGUUUCUAACGUUUAUUCAAAAUAUCGAUUCGUCGGAAAUAUUUACUCUAUAAUAAUAAAAAAAAAAAAAAAAAAAAAAAAAAAAAAAUGUACUCUAUUUAUUAUUAUUAUACUCGUAAUUUAUAAUUCUGCGUCGUCAUUUUACUUAACGAGAACGAGAAAUAUUGAAAAACCCACUGACGAUCCACGUGUGCCUUAUAAUGUUAAACCCGUCGUAAAUAUUUUAAUUUUUAUGUAAAAUUAGAUUUAAAAAAAAAAAAAAAAAAAAAAAAAAAACCGUAAUAAUCAAUAAUAUUGUAAUAACGUGUGCGUGUUCCCCGUCUGUCUCGUCCCUUUUUUCGUUGCCAUUAAAAAACCGUAAACGUAAUCGUAUUCGCGGUCUUCAAAUUUAAUAACGUCGGUGAAAAUAAUCCUCCGGACCGCCGUAUCCGGGAGAAAAAUAACGACGGACGGGACCGCCCGGGUGGUUUCGGUAAUUUUUUUUUUUUUUUGGGUACGCGACGCAUCGUCGUCGCGGCGUGCGUAUAUUUUAUGCAAAUAUCAACGGGUAUUCCACGGCUCAAUAAUUAAUAAUAAUACUGAUGUUUAGACGGACUGUAUAUUAUUUACACUGAUAAUACAAAAAAUGCAAAUUACACAUUCCUCGUUGUAAUUCAAAUAAAUUACAACACGAUAUUGUUACAAUAAUAUUAUUGUAUAAAUAUAAAUAAUAAUAAUGACGAUAAUAUUUUACGGAUAAUUAUAUUACUUAUAUUAAUUCAUAGGCAUCGCACUCACGUAAUUUAUAUAAUUAUUAUAAUAUACGUAUUAUAUUUGUUACGGUAUUAUUGUAAUAACGCACGAGAAAUUAUUAUUCUACUCAUUUAGCGUGUAAUAAUAAUAAUUAUUAUUAUUAUAUUUUAUUUUAUUAUAUUAUAUUAUGUACUUUUUUUACGUUCUCAUAAAAACGAUCGUAACAUUAUUAUUAUUAUUAUUAUUACCUUUUACUUUUGUAUUUCUAUUAAAUUUUAUUUAUUUUACACGAUUAUAUAGUAUUAUUUUAAAAAACAAAAAAAAAACUAUUUUUACUCGACUUUUUCCGGCCAAGUGUCAGCUCUAUGUAGUGAUUUUUUAUCGUAUUAUUAUUAUUAUUAUUAUUAUUAUUAUUAUUACAUACCUAUCAUAUUAUGUAAUUAUUACGACGGACUGCCGUUCGGCGACCAUAAAUUAAAUGAUAUGAAAAAUAAUAUUUAGUAGAUCUGUACCUAUUUUUAUUAUACUCUCACACACUUUUGUUGGUUUGUUGGUAUUAUUUCAAAAAAUAUUGUUCGCACGUUAUCGGUUAUAUUAUAAUGUUAUUAAUAUUGUGAACAUUACUAUAUUAUUAUGUUAUAAUUAUUAUUACAUUCGGUACUUUCUUCAUAUUGAAAAUUAUUAUACAAUAAUAGAUUGACUCACUCACAUAUUGUCAAUCGAUAUUUUCUAUCGAUAUUAAACAAAAAUAUUGUGAUUAUUAAUUAAUUAUACAUACAUAUAGAUUAUAUUAUAUUAUAAAAAAUCAUAAAAUACUUGUAUUCAAUUAGUAGUAUUAUUAUUAUUAUUAUUAUUUUUAUUAUAGUUUAUUAAACUAUUUACAUAAUUAUUAUUAUCUAAGACUUAUAUAAAGAGUUAUAUUACAAUGAGGUUGCUAUCUAAUAUUAUUAUAUUUAUAUAUACAAGUGUAUAUCUUUAGAGAAAAACAAUUAUACAACUUAUUAUUUUUUUCAAUAUUAUUAUAUUUUGUUACCCUUCUCAUCAAACAGCACAGAGGUAAUGGUGGCCGGCAAACGCCCCAACAAGAGCUCUGGAACCGUUUUCUCCUUGUCGAUUUUGCUUUUUUUCUCACGUUUUUUCAAAUUGCUUCAUAGCCCCCACUCAUAUUGACGCGAGUAAUACAGUGAAGCACUAACUAUAUUAUGUUGAUGUUAUUAUUGCUAUACAAACUGGACACUUGCAAAUGGACUUUGUGGCCGUGAUCCUUCUCAGGUAACCGGUGUGCACCUCUAUAAUAAUAUAAUAUGUAUUUUCAGCAAUG